ACGCUGCAUUGCGUGAACCCCGAGAAUGAGAGUGCUCCAGAGGUCACUGUUAAAUGUCUGAACUGUGACACCAUCACGCAGGUCAAAGAGAAGAUACUGGACGCCCUAUUUAAAGGCAUUCCGUACUCGCAACGCCCCAAAGUUGGAGACAUGGACUUCGAAUGGAGGCAGGGUCGUAUGGCCAGAACUAUUCUCCAGGAUGAAGACGUGACCACAAAAAUCGACAACGAUUGGAAGCGUCUCAACGCGCUGGCGCACUAUCAGGUAACGGAUGGGUCAGUAAUCGCAUUGGUCCCCAAGCAAAACUCCGCCUACAACAUCUCCAACUCUUCAACGUUCACCAAAUCCCUCAGCAGAUACGAGAGCAUGCUCAGAACCGCCAGCAGUCCAGACAGCCUGCGCUCCAGGACGCCCAUGAUAACUCCGGAUCUGGAAAGCGGAACCAAACUCUGGCACCUGGUGAAGAACCACGACCACGCAGACCAGCGAGAGGGCGACCGCGGCAGCAAGAUGGUGUCUGAGAUCUACCUGACGCGUCUGCUCGCUACCAAGGGUACGUUGCAGAAAUUCGUCGACGAUCUGUUCGAGACCAUCUUUAGCACGGCUCACCGCGGCAGCGUUCUUCCUCUCGCCAUCAAAUACAUGUUUGACUUCUUAGACGAGCAGGCGGACCGACACGUGAUAUCAGACCCCGACGUCAGACACACGUGGAAGAGCAACUGUUUGCCGUUGCGGUUCUGGGUGAACGUGAUCAAGAACCCUCAGUUCGUGUUUGACAUCCAUAAGAACAGCAUCACAGACGCGUGUCUGUCUGUGGUGGCUCAGACCUUCAUGGACUCGUGCUCCACGUCGGAGCACAAACUGGGCAAAGAUUCGCCGUCCAACAAGCUGCUGUAUGCGAAAGACAUCCCCAACUACAAGAACUGGGUGGAGAG